AUGCAGGAAAGUUCUCCCUGUCAAACUCAACCUGGUAAUCGCACAGGCGGUAGAGGCCUUCACCACAAUCGUUUUCAUGGUGGUCGUGGUCAUGGUCGACCAAGCAAUGGUUAUCAACCAUAUCCAAGGCCCUCAAGCUCUCCAAGAUAUUCUCAAGGGACUUCACAAAGUUUUCAACGUGGAGGCAAUUCCCAGCAACAGAACCAGGGACAAUUUCAACCAAGACCCCCCAACAAUGGUGGCAGAGGCCGUGGAUUCAAUGGCCAGCGCAGUGGACGCUCCCAAUCUGGUCGUUUUCAGCCAGGACAAAACUAUCAAGGCAGAGGCCAAUCACAUCAACAAAACAGUCAAAAUUUCUGUGCUGAGUCGCACUACAAUCAAGAAGCUGAAAGCUUUGCUGCGGAAUGCAGCGUUCCAGAAUGGAACCAAGACGGAAUGUCUUAUGGCGGAAUGCCAAGUGCCGAGCAGUACCAGCAUCAGGAAAAAUAUUAUCAAGCUGAAGAAAAUCAGCAAUGGAAUGAUCAAUACAACUAUGAACAAGAAGAAUAUUAUCCUGAAGAACAGCGGGCGCACAAACAAUUUUCCUAUGAUGAGGAUUCACCAUUUUCCUUUCAUGAAGAGCAUUACUGA